AUGAAACAUGCUGCGGCAGCAGCAGUGGCUUUUGUUUUCCGUCUAGGAUGCAUUUCGGUUGCUUCUUGCGAGUUCAAUCAAGAUCCAACAACAGCAGCGGAGAUACCUCCCUGCGCCGUAGCCGUAUCCAUCUCAGGCGACGUGAGGUCCUUCGUAGACCCUGUCGUCCACCUGUCCUUUCAGCGGCACGUAGUGGAGGCGAUCAAAGCAGAAGGUUGCACCGUUGACGUGUUCGUGUACGCGUCGCUGGGGGAUGAGGACUUGCUCGAGGAACAGGAUGCUGAAACGAUAAGAAACAUCGAGGCUACGAUGGAAUUCCUGUCCCCGACCCAACUAGUGUGGCACCAGGAGCAAGCGGGGAUCAUCCCCAACUCCUGCCGCCCCACGGCCACAACCCCGACGACCGGGGGCGGAGACGAGGCACGACCCUCGUCGUUCGCUUCGAGUAACGCCGCCAACGCGAAGCCCAAGGGUGGAAACGUUGGCGGCGAUAACAGAUCGAAUCAGCCGCGCGGGCACGUUAGCAAGGAGCCGUCCAAGCCGCCGGGCAGGGAACAGUUCAGCACUCGGAGCGAGCGCUUUUACUGGCAGCUGUACGAGUCGCUGGCUGCGUACCGCUUGGCGGUCCAGAGAGAGGACGAAAAAGAGAAAGAGGCAGCGACGAUCCCGACAUCCUCACCGGCGUCGUCAAAGUACGACUGGAUCGUUACCACUCGCUUCGAUGUCGCCUGGAAAAACAGUGUGCCUUCCUUGAGGGCGUUCUCUCGGGACGUGGUGUGGUUCGCAGCGAAGUCCUGGCCAAUGUCCACCAACUUCGCGCUCGUACCUCGGGCCUUCUCCGAUCGAUUCUUCUCCGCCGUUGAGGCGUUUCACGCGUGCGACGACGGCAACGGCCCCUCAUGGCCGCCGGGGGAGGCCUGGUGGCAACCCGAUUGCGGCGAAGACGGACAAGAAAACGAAAACGGUAGUGGAAGUGUCCACAGCGGCGGGAACCUUCACCACAGCCCCAGGGGUGGGCCUGCAGGCGGGGGAGGGGACUUCGAUCUCAGGGAUUGGGAUGAUGGCAGUAUUUUCCACGACAAUAGAGGAGGGAGUCGCGGGGAAGGUUUUGGGGAGAGCAUCGUGUAUCGACACCUUCACGCCUCCGGUGUGCCGUACCGACCCUACCCGAUGUUCGAGUACUACGCGGUGCCACCAUACGUCCGUGAUGGUGAUGUCGAUGGUGGUGCGGCGAGAGACACUCGGAGUGGGUGCGAGGCGAGCACAUCGGAUUACUUGACCGGAUGCGUUCUGCUAGGCACGGUGGGGUUGUUUUCUCCGGCGUAUACCAGCGAAGCAUGCGCCACCGCACUGUCGGAAUGGUCCAGCUUGCACUGCCGGGCCUCUACCCAGCCCGAGGCUACCAGCACGGGCCGCCAGACCGAAAGGGCUUCAAAAAAUCUCAACCCAUAUCUGAAAGCAUGGCCAAGAUCCUCCGUUGGAGUUUCCUCAGGCGAGGCUAAGACGCACAGGGGUGACGUGUUUGGAACAGCGGAGGAGGAUCGGGUGCAAGAGGAAGACCUGAAGCGCGCUUGGUCCAACCUGGUCGCCCUUCGAGACGCCGUUAUCCUUGCCGCCGAUGACGAUAGCGAGGAGGCGACGCACGGCUCCUCCAACGCCGGAGAAGACGAUACCCCGAUACGAGAAGCAUCUCGGCGCCACCUCGGAAAGGAUGACGGCGGUGACCACGACGCGGCGCCGAAACCGUCCAAUUCAAGUCCCACGAGACAAACCAAUCGUUCCUGGUCGGUACACUCCCAGUGGGGCUGCCGACUAAACGAGUACCCUGGGCGAGCCCCGCAUAUCAUCCGACACUCUUCCACCGACUCCCACCGCAUGCGAGAGUUAGCGCUUGCGACAAAAUGCCUGGCGCACCGGUUCAUGGAAGGGGCGACUGCGUGGUCAAGUGUCAUUGAGGAUUUCAGCUUCGACGCCACAGUAUGCGCAACCAGCAAGUAA